UAAGAGACGUUCGUAAGUACAGAUACCUCUGUACAGAUAUGUGCUCAAGUAUAGGAAGUAAAAGUAAAAAGUCGUCCGAAAAUAAAUAGGCUCAUUCGAGUGAAGUACAGAUACCUAAAAAAAAUCUACUUUAGUACAAUAACAAUGUAUUUGUGCUUCGUUAACCGUAUGAAGUGUUUCUUCGUUGAGGUAGCUGUUGUUGUUACUUUCACCCGUCGGCCGGCAUCUGAACCACCCAGCCGCUCACAAACUUUGGACUGUUCACCUACGGUGACGUCACGCCUGUCGUCCAGCUGUAUGUCUGUCGGUGUCAUCGGCCUCUGUGCUCUGAUAUGAGGAUCGUGGCGUCAUCAUUGGCGACAACGAAAGCGGCACUCAAGUCGCAUUCGGCCUGUCACAGCCUUGACGUGUACUCCGCCAGAUGCGAUGCCGUUUUCGGGCCGCCUCUUUCGGUUUCGAUGUGCCCUUUCCCGGUGAGAAGAGGUCUGCGACAAGGCGAUGAGGAUGAGUCAGAGGGCCUUUUCAAUCAAGACACGGGUUGACGCUGCAGGAGGCAAAAGCAACGCACAAUCGGGCUCUCUGCCCAAACUCAAUCCACAGCCACGCACCGUGGUCUUCCAAACCAAAACACAGACGCACAAAACCACUCCGGACAAGAAAUAUAAUCCAUACAAAAAAACUGAAGAAAUUAAGCUGAAGUUGCCUCCAAUCAAUUCUGCAACAAAGACCAGGAUCCAUUCAUCGUACUCAAACAGCAUAAAUGAAUUGAAAAACCAGAACUAUGACUUGAAGCUGCAACUAGUGGAAGUCAAGACAGAAACCAAGCUGUUGAAGAAAGUUCAACAUCGCCACACAGUGGCACUGCAGCAAUUCCAAGACUCCGAAGAGGGUGUUUCUGAGGUACUAAAUCAGAACGACGGCGAAGUCAGAGACUUGCAAAAGUUGCUCUGUGGGACGCGCACCUGCCGUAACAACCUGGCCUGGAAGCUGCAAGUCACAGAGAAGGAGCUGACCAAUGUUAAAGACAGGAUUCAUCAGCUCCAGCAGAGGGUCAUCAAGGAGCAGGCCUUGCCGGCGAAGGACGAACUAUCUCGCAAGCUAAAUGAGGUCUCCGUAGAGCUGCAGGAGAAGGACAAGCGAAUAAAUGAUUUGGAAAGGUGUAACAAGUUGCUACGGGGCUCCCUCAAUCGCCAAGCAGCAACAGAGCACAAGAAAAUCAACACGGCCAGGAAGACAUCUUUCUGUCUACAGACACAAGUUUAUGAGUUAUCAAAAGAAACAAGGGACAUAAAAAGAGAGCUGGAGAUUCACAAUAUUUAUGCCUUCAGACUCCAGAACCAACCAAAAAAGAAAGGUAAACAAAACAAGAUGGUCCAGACCGAGGUCGUCGUCUCCACGCCUCGCAGUGAGGUUGAGAGUCGUGCUAAGUCGGAAAUUUCGGAGCCUGAUGACAAGCUGCAAACUUGUCCGAAACCCAUUACUCCCACCGCUGAGAGGCGUGUUUAUCAGGAGAGUGGACCUCAGGAAUCAUAUACCAUUGAAGGUCCAAGGAGUGACUUGGAGGAUGCUCCAGUUUCAGAGGUGAAGGAGAUGCCCACUCAGCCACCCGAGGUGAAGUUGAUUAUUGAGGAUGACGUGUCUGAAGGGAAGAAAUCCGACGCGUCGCUGGAGCAGCCGGUGAAACAGGAAGAGAACACGGUUGUUUGGAUCCCGGCGCCACCUGAACCGAAAGUGUUUGGACGCUCUAAACUCCAAAGACGUAAAUACUUUUUCUCACCAGUGGUUGAGAACUUGCAUAAAGGGAAACCAGCCUACCCGGGGCUGACCCUAAACGAAUACAGACUAUUACAGAGACAGAGGAAAGGGGUCAGUUUGAUUCGACCACGUUCUGCAAAUUCACCAGCUUGGAAAUCAGAAUCCGUAGAUAGUAACUCCCCACGCACGAUGCAGACACCCCAAUCUGAAGCGCUCCCUUUAAUGCCAUCGGCAGUCUCUGAUUUGGAGUCAAACCAUGAUGACUCACAAACAUGAGCUCUAUUUUGACUCAACUCUGUUGAGUAUUUGACGUUAUCCAUGCUACCAUUUUGUACCAGCUGGUUUUAACAGCAGUUAAUUUUAUUAUUUUGUUUAAGGAUCGAGAUUUAUUCUUUUUUUACUCACUUGGAAUUAAAACUGAACCCAAGCAGAACAAAUGCACACUCCCUACUCCAAAUUAGACAAAAAUACACUUGCACACCAAUCACUCUGGAGGGGUCAAUAAAAGCUAAGAUUUAGCUUGGCAAACACUAUUGGACAUUCUCUAAUGUAGUUAUCGCUUCACUGACAAUGAAAAGGCAAGUAUUCCGGGUAUCAUUUAAUGAACCCGAGAGGUGUUAGUGUGUAGUCUCUACGAACGGAAGACUGAUUGCUGUUAAGGACAAAAAAAUCAGUUCAACCGUGGUAGGACACAGCAAAACAUGGACCGAUGAUCACGCCUGCUACCUCAGUAUUCAGCAUUUGUAUAGCUUGGAUUUAGGAAAAUGAUCUGUGAACGUUUAAAGCUCAUUUUAAAAUUACGUGAACUUUGAUUGUAUAUUUUUAACAAUCUUCUCUUUAACCUUAGCUACCUCAGCCAUUUUGAGCCCGAUAUUAAAUACAUCGAUAGGACUCAUUUGGCAUCUAAUUAAAAAAAAAAGAUCCUGGUUAAAAUUAGUGACAGUUGGAGCAUUGAUUUGACUGUCGAUCUUAUCUACCUCAGCUCUCUUGUGGUGGAUAUUUGAAACUGGGGUCUUUCUCCGUACAAGAGCACUGAAAGUUUGACUCUUGGUUGACCAUGGAAAACUGAUUGCCGAAAUACCCUCAUUGGACAUGGCAAACUGUUGCCAAGUUCUUUCCUUUAUCGUCCAUAGUUUAACCAAGGGCUUGAAAUGUGGGUUGGUGAAUCAAAGAUGCAGGUACAAAACCAAAUUAUUAAAAAAAAUGCAGAAGAGCAGAGGACUUGCUGUGGAUCAAUGGAAACACUACUGUAUGUGAUUGGCACUGCCCAAGACUCCUUGAGCAAGGAACCAACCCUCAACUCUUUAGGGUAUGACUGUUUAUACAGCUCUUUCACUGUCUAAUCACUCCCUUUGUACAUGCAUGUGUAUAUUCUGGUAUAUGUGUAUGUUGUAAAUUACAGUACAAGAAUGAAAAUUUAUAUUAAAGGAAUUUUCUUUUUCUUA